UUCUGGGUGGUUUGCCGCUGACGCCAUUUUCCCUUCGCUUGGUCUUGAGAGUUCUUGAAUUGCUGAGGAGCGGAGUCGGAGCCGCGUUCCAGGCUUGUCAGGACCGAGUAGGGAAGAAGGAUAGAGAUUGCCGCCGCACCUUUGGACGAGCCAGACCCUGUGUGGCAGGGGUGUUCCCUAGUAGCCCGCCGGGCCGCGGCCUCUCCUCACCCGCGGUUCAGACCCGCAGUCGCCAAGGGCGGCGCCCUGGGCCUCGUACGCCAUUUCCACGAAGGAUACAGCGGACCCAAGUGCGGCCGUCAACUGUGGUCGCCCGGCCCGGGCAGGGCACGGGUAGGGGCUCAGCCGAGCCGCCCCGGUGCUCGCCUCUCCUAGUCCUGCGCGGCCCACAGGGUCCCGUGAUGGCAGCGGCGGUGUCGUCACUGACGGACCAGACGCAGAUGUCUGUGACCUUUGAUGAUGUAGCCGUGACUUUCACCAAAGAGGAAUGGGGGCAGCUGGAUCCAGCUCAGCGAACCCUAUACCAGGAAGUGAUGCUGGAAAACUGUGGGCUCCUGGUGUCUCUGGGAUGUCCUGUUCCCAGACCUGAGCUGAUCUACCAACUAGAGCAUGGGCAGGAGCCAUGGACAGUAAGGAAAGACCUCUUCCAAGGACUCUGUCCAGGGGACAAAGAAAAACCUAAGACCCCAGAACCUACCACUUGUGAGCCAGCCUUCCCUGGAAGAGUCUCACUGCGAGAAGAACUAACACAGAGAGCCUCAGGGGACUCCCAACUGGGGCAAGCCAGGUAUCAGAAUGGGCCAUGUGAAAUGCACGAAGAACAGUUGAGACCAGGGAUAGAUCCUGAGAAGGAGAAGCUUGCUGGGAAAAGGAACCCUGAAUGUGUUGAGUUAGGGACAGCUGGUGGUGCAUGUUCCAGGAUGAUACAAGAGCAAGUCUGUCCAAGAGAUACAGUCCAUAGCCUUAACUCAAGUGGAUCAGGUAAAGAGCCCAUGCCUCAGGAAGAGGAAAAUAUCUUUAAAUGCAAUGAAUGUGGAAAAGUCUUCAACAAGAAACACCUCCUUGCUGGACAUGAGAAAAUUCACUCUGGAGUGAAGCCCUAUGAAUGCACAGAAUGUGGGAAAACCUUUAUUAAGAGCACACAUCUUCUUCAGCACCACAUGAUCCACACUGGCGAGAGGCCCUAUGAGUGCAUGGAAUGUGGAAAGGCCUUCAACCGCAAAUCAUACCUUACUCAGCACCAGAGGAUUCACAGUGGAGAGAAGCCUUAUAAGUGCAAUGAGUGUGGAAAGGCCUUCACCCACCGAUCCAAUUUUGUCUUGCAUAAAAGGAGACACACUGGAGAAAAAUCCUUUGUGUGCACAGAAUGUGGACAAGUCUUUCGACAUAGACCAGGUUUUCUUCGACACUAUGUUGUCCACAGUGGUGAGAAUCCCUAUGAGUGCUUGGAGUGUGGCAAGGUCUUCAAACAUAGGUCAUACCUCAUGUGGCACCAGCAGACUCAUACUGGGGAGAAGCCCUAUGAGUGCAGUGAAUGUGGGAAAGUCUUUUUGGAGAGCGCAGCUCUUGUUCACCACUAUGUUAUCCACACUGGGGAGAAGCCCUUUGAGUGCCUCGAGUGUGGGAAGGCCUUCAACCACAGGUCAUACCUUAAGAGGCACCAGCGGAUUCACACCGGGGAGAAGCCUUUUGUGUGCAGUGAAUGUGGAAAGGCCUUCACCCACUGUUCUACUUUUAUCCUUCAUAAAAGGGCCCACACUGGAGAAAAACCUUUUGAGUGUAAAGAAUGUGGAAAAGCCUUUAGCAAUCGGAAAGAUCUCAUUCGCCACUUUAGCAUCCACACUGGAGAGAAGCCCUAUGAGUGUGUAGAGUGUGGAAAGGCCUUCACCCGCAUGUCAGGCCUCACAAGACACAAGCGGAUUCAUAGUGGAGAGAAGCCUUACGAAUGUGAUGAGUGUGGGAAAUCCUUUUGCUGGAGCACAAACCUCAUUCGGCACUCCAUCAUCCACACUGGAGAGAAACCCUAUAAGUGUAAUGAAUGUGGAAAGGCCUUCAGUCGCAGCUCAUCCCUCGCUCAGCAUCAAAGGAUGCAUACUGGCAGAAACUCUAUCAGUGUAACAAACGUGGCAAGACCUUUUACAAGUGUGCAAACCUCAGUUACCCUUCGCGAACUCCUUUUGGGGAAAGACUUUAUGAAUGUAACCACUGAGGCAAACCUUUUGCCAGGGGAAACAACUGCAUCUGAUCAUGCAUACCAAAGAGAAACCCCACAAGUGUCUUCACCGUGAGAAAUCCUUCUGUUACAGAAUAUUACUUGUCAUCUAAAGUGUCAUAGUAGAAAUUGACCCAGCCUAGAGCCUUAUUCUCCAUCUGUGAAUUCAUGCUGCAGAGACACCCAGUGGUUAUUGUACAAAUAGGAAAAACUCAGCUACUUCUUUCUCCUUAGUUUACAGUGCAGUUUUAUCUCAGGAAUUAUUUUAAAAAGGAGGAGACAUAGAAGAUGAAAUACAAGCACAGAUCUUUUCAGACUGCUCUACCAAGCCUAUGGCACUUUGUCAUUGAUUCCUUAGUUUAUUUAGGGCAAGGGAAGUGUUUCAGAGGUAAAGGGCCUUUACCCUCUUUGUUUCUUGUAUCUGCAUUCAUUGCUGUCUAGUGUCAGGAGAAUUAAUUGAGGGCAAGUCUGCAAACUUUUAUAAAGUACAUCUUCUGUGUUCCACAAUAGUCUUUACUCUUGAGAAACAACUUUUAUGAUAAAAUAGGGAUCUUGAGCCAUGAAAUACUUAGUUUAAGGCAGUAAAGAUAUAUAUAUGAAUGGGCACAUUUUAUUUCACCAGUUAAGACUAUUUAAGGCUUGAAUUUUUAGAAAAACAAACCCUUGUUUCAAGUGAGUUUAAAAAUGUAACACUCAAACUUUUUGAUCCCCAUCUGUUGGUUUACUUGAUUGCUAUAGUUAUAUGGUAAAUUUUUAAAUUGGGUAAAGUGAUUCCCUUUUGUUAUUUAAAGUUGAAUUAGCAUUUCUGGUUCCUUUUACUUUACAUAUAAAUUUAGGAUUAGUUUGUCUAUAAUAAACUUUAUAAAUGUAUAAUUUAUUAAGAUAUCUUGCUCAGAUUUUCACAGAAAUUGAGUUAAAUCUAUAAUUUGUUGAGAAUUGGUAUGUUUACCAUGUGAAGUCUUACAGUUCACAAAUACAGUAAGUCUUUUCAUGUAGUUAAGUACUCCUCAAUUUACUUCAUUAGUGUUACAGUUUUCAGCACAUAGAACCUACACAUUUUUGUUAAAAUUUGCAUCUAGAGAGUUCUUUUGGGUUUUUGUUUUUGUUUUUUUUGGUGGGUUUUUCUUUUUGAGUGAUUGUAAAUGGCAUUGGUAUUUAAACUGUCACUUCCAUAUGAUGUUUGGUAGUAUACGGAAAUAUAAUUACUUUUGGAUGUUUUGCUGUCCUGCAGCCUUGUUAAAAACACUUACUUCAUAUUUUUUGCCAUUUUUUAAACAGAAUCCUUGGAAUUUUCUAUGUAAAAAUGUCAUCUGCAAGUACAGUUUUCUUUCUUUCAUCAUACCUUUUAUUGCCUUUUUUUAUCUUAUUGCAGAAGCUAGAACUUCCAUUAUAAUGUUGAAUAGGAUAAUAUUGUACAUUUUAUUAAUAGAUGUUCUUUAUCAAAUAUAGAAAAUUCCCCUCUGUUCCUAGUUUGCUGAGUUUCUAAGUUGUUAUGAAUGAGUGUUAGAUUUGUCAAAUGCUGCUUCUCCAUCAAUUUGAUAUGAUCACGUGAUUUUCCCUCUACAGCCUAGUAAUAUAAUUGAUAGGGUUUUGAGUAUUGAGCCAGCCUUGUAUCCAUCCUUGUUUCUGGAGUAUGAUUGAUCUUAUAUGUCAUUUGACAUCAUUCCGUUUGCUUGUUUUUUUGUUGUUUUUGCUUUUGGUUUUGAAGACAGGGUCACUGUCACCUCGGCUAGAGUGCAGUGGCCUCCUCAUAGCUGACCGCAACCUCAAACUCCGGGGCUCAAGUGAUCCCCUUGC